AUGGUCAGCGGCAAGCCUGAGCGGAACAUGGACGUGUCCUUCACACUCGACGACGGCACCGGCCGCAUCUAUUUCAUCAGAUGCAAGUUGAAGGGGCCACUACAUAGGGCUGGAUACUUCUUAAAUCGAUACUACUACUAUGAAAACAAGAAGCAAAUUGAGUUAGAUGGAUCAUUUGAAGCUGGGCUUGUAACUUGCAUGGAAAAAAUGGUUGAAGAUGUUGUCCUUCAAGACAAAAUCAAUGAUGAGCUUGUGGCAUAUCGAAAGGAACAGGGGACAUUUGGAAGAGAAAUUGCCAAAAGGCAGCGGAGAAACAAAAGCUUUGAUCCAGCUCAAUGGUGGUCCAGUCAUGGGUCAGAUUCACCAAAUCUCAGAGUAUUGGCGAUGCGGAUUUUGAGUUUGACAUGCAGCUCCUCCGCUUGUGAGAGGAAUUUUAGUGUUUUUCAGCAGAUUCACACAAAGAAACGCAACAGGCUGCUUCAUAAUAAAAUGAGAGACCUUGUUUUUAUCAAGUUCAACUCCAAACUCAAAUAA